AUGUUUGAGAGAGAGACGGAUGCCGUUUGUUUUAAGAUUUCUCUCUUGUAUUCAGUUUUAAUAGCUAUUAUUGGAUGCUAUAUUAUCAUAGAAGGAUACACUGGAAUAGCUUGUAUUCUAAUCAUAAUCUUGUAUCAGCGAAGAGUUGAAAAGCUUAAAAGGAAAAUAGCCGAAACAGCAAAAGGAAUUAUAAAGUAUCCUUCUCUCUUUGAUAUGUUAGAUUCAUUUAUGAUCCUUGAAUUUGCUUCUCUAGUUUGGGGUUGGUUUUUACUUAUUUAUUAUACAUAUAUCCAUUUUAACACCUUUUCUUUUCUUGACGGUCUUAGAGCUUCAUUAUUAUUUUCAUUCUUAUGUUUCUUCAUGUUAGUCAUGAUUCAACAGAUAUAUAUUUCAUUUUUGUUCACAGCUAGCAUUGGGAACGGUUUCUUUUUAUUUUCGAUUUUGCCUAGAUUUGUUUCAGCGACAAGAACAGUUUGUACAACUUUCUUUUGGAUUGUAGCACUUAACCAUUUCGAGUUUUAUUCGCCGCUUUUGCUUGAAAUCGCUUAUAUUAUCUUUAAAGGCUGUUUCUUUAUAUAUUGGAUCUACGAAGCAACAGCUCUUCUCACGUCAAAAGAUUUUCCAGAAGAAUUCAAAACAAAUGAAUGCACACAACCUUUCCAAUGCCCUGUUUGUUUGGAAAACGUCAAAUUCUAUAUAACCUUACCAUGCUCCCACAGUUUCUGUUUGACAUGCUUCCUUAGAUGGGGUGCACAAGUCUUGAAUUGCCCGAUGUGCAGACAUAAGUUCACUUCAUGGAUUCACCAAGUUGACUUUACGCCAUAUAACUGGCUUCCUUUUGUUAUUUUCUAA